AUGGAUUUCACCGACCCGUUGCAUCGCAGAGAUGCAACUCUUCUGCGAAAAAGGAGACGGACUCCAGGAACCCCAGAUCGAGCUACCGGCAGUCCGCUAUCUCGAUCAUUUUCGGGUGAAGGCACAUUGGCCGGCCAGAGCAGCGAUGAUAGGCUGCCUAGGAAGAAGACCAAGCUCUUUUCUCCUCUGCCGGGCCAUUCUCUACCACGGCAGGGAGGAGAGUCGCCCCGUAUCAAGCGGACGAUGGAGGAUUUACCGGACACAAUAUUGCGCCAUAUCUUUGCUUUUGUUCAUCCCAUUACCCUUGGCCGAUUGAUUUGUGUCAAUCGCCGUUUCCGUUCUUUGCUUGACCCCAGCAUCAUUCCCUUGCAGGAGGACUUCUCUCCAACAACCCAAGACGCGUUUCCAAACCAGAAUGACAUUUGGACUGCGUCCAGAAAACGAUUUCUGCAAGGUUUUCCAAGACCCUUGAAGGGCCUGACCGAAUUGGACAUGUGGCGACUCAUCAGAAGCCGGUCAUGCCAAUUCUGUCAUGCUGUAUUCAAGAAAGAGCGAUCGGAGACUUCAACAUCUCCUUGGAGCGCCGGUCCCGGACCAGGGGACGUUCGUUCAAUCUGGCCGUUCCGCAUAAGAUCUUGUGGUAGAUGCUUGGAGAAACGUACCAUCAAGGAAAAGGAAGUACUGAUCACAGGUUCAUCAGCUCUUCUCCCUGGAUUGCCCUAUGCCAUCUUGACUUCGUCAUGGGACUAUAUUCCCUCGACAAUCCUCGAACGAGCGGAUCCGCCUCCUGAUGUUCAGCUGGCCAAGUACUACCUGAGAGCUCAACUCGAAGAAAUGCGGACCGAGCGUGCUAAUGUCCAGGCGCUUGGAACUGCUGCCUUGGAAGAGUGGUACAAGGGGCUGGAAAGUACGGGAAGAGGGAAAAUGUUGGAUGCUGCGAGAUUAGACCAAUGGGAACUUCAAGAUGGGCCCUCAAAGAUCGCUGUACCAAUAGCGCAUAAGGCUUUCGAUAUAACCCAGACGACUAAAACGCCUCUGGCUCAAGAUCGCCCGCUCUCUGCACAGACCCAUCCAAUGCAGGUCAACCAAUCAAUCACUUUGCCGCCAUCUGUGUCUGGGGACUUUUCGCCCAGCUCAGGCUCUAUGGAGAUUGACACAGCUAGGUCGAACACUUCUACAUCUUUCCGGCAAGCCUCAAAGCAGAGGUCUGAAAAGAGUAAGGAGGAAGCAGAGCAGGCCAUGCUCGCACGUCGCAAAGAAAUUGAACAGCGGUGCCUCGCCAUGAGACCACCCAUCCUGCCAUCGACUCUGCCUUUUAUGGAAGCUUUCAAAGCCUCAAUCAAAAUAGCUAUGCCGCUCACCGAGGGUGCUUGGGAGAUUUUAAAGCCGCGACUGUUAGCACAACGUGUUACUGCAGAACGUGAGGAACGGCGCCAAAUUGCUGCCUCCCACGAUAUGAAGGCCGACGAACGUGAGUUAUUCGAGGAGGAGCAACGUGUAGCGCAAGAGAACGAAGCCAAUAUGUGGGCCGAAUUGAAGAUUCCCUCCCGCGACAGAAUUCAACAUUAUGCUCGGGAAUUCAUUCGCCAAACGUGGUCCGAUGGUCGGGGUGUUACCAAAGCGACGGCGAGCAAGUUUGCCGCAGAGGUACUCUGUCAUGUACGCCAACGGUUUGGUGAAGACCUUGCAGGCGAAGACAGAAUGCUUGCAUUGAAAGGGACAGCAUUCCCGCAAGAUUCAGAAUCCCUGCAUUUCCGAAGCUUGAAGCUGAAAGACAUGAAGUGGACAUUCGACGAGCUGGUCAAACCCCAUACUGAACGAUUUGGCAAAGACCUGUUCCUGUGCCGCGUGUGCGAUAACACUCAGAAAUUAUUCUCUUUCGAGGCAGUCGUUCAACAUUAUGCUGCUAAGCACACCCACGAGCUGAGUCACGGCAACGCUGUUGUUUACUGGGACGCUGACUGGCCGGUUGAACCACCUUUUGAUCCAUCUCCAAACAUUCCAUGGGUGCAAGACCAAAAUCACAACCUUCCGCAGAAUUCCCAACAACAGUUACAAACACCUGCGUGGCAGCCCCCAACUGGUAUUCCAAGUAGACCGCAACAACAUGUCACCAUCCAAAAUCCCGCGGUCGAAGUAACUAACCUGGUCAUUGAAUACUGGCGCAGGACCGACGGUGUUUGGGACCUUUCAAAUCCUGUUCGACUUUAUGUUAUCAUCUACCACGUGAACUUGAGAUUCAGACGGAUGUUCAACUUCCAACUUGGGCUUCCGCUAUUUCGAGAUGUGUCUUUCAAUCGAUCAGAGCUGUACUUUUUGCGCAGUUUAUCAGGACUCCGUUGCGCCAUCUGUGCUGAGAGCUUGCGAUCUAUACCUAGCCGACAGGGUGAAGGGAAUGGAAUCGAACAUGACGUCCCGAACUUACUGAGCCAUUUUCAGUCUGCGCACUGCGACCCAGAUGCUUCCAGUAGCAGUCUCAGUUUGCAUGGAUUACCUCAGAGACCUGGGCAAGGCGUGCAGGGGCUGGAUUGGACACGGGACAUGAUCCUGCUCCCAAGUAGUGCUGCAAUAAUGGCUCUACGGCACUCGCGAGGCAUUGAUGAUGACAAAUUUCAGGUAAUUACUGAAGCUUUCCCCAACAUGUGGCUGUAUCCUGCUCCACAGUUUGAUGCAGUCCCCUUGGAAUCACUAUCGCCUCGAACACGCAAUGUUGGUGCACGUGAUGGUGGCACUUGGCCACACAUGGCUCGCUUAGAAAAAUCUGGGAGCGCUCGAGAAGACGAUUACCAUCUUCACAGCCGUGGAAUUGCCACUGUUCAAAGACACCCAAGGCAGGGUCGGGCUGCUGUUUCUCCUCUACCACAUGAUCUGCAUGGGCACCCAGCUGAAGCUACACCUAGCACAAGAUACCCCCCUCGUCAGGAAUACCAUUCUAGACUAUCCGAGUCCAGUCCUGCUUGGGAGAUGCGCAGUCGUCCAGGACCCUUGUCCCGAGACUCCUUGGUCUACUCAUAUGAAGACGAGUCGUCAAAAUGGUCAUAUCGGGAGCCCUUAACAGCGUACAGUGAGACCACCAUUUCAGAAGCACGGCCAAGCAGCAAAACUGGAAGCCGGCAUUCGUUUCGGCUGUCAGCACCUUCGCAGCAUUCCGCACCACAAGACUCUUUAGGUGAUCUUGAGUCGACUGCAGCAGCUGAUUUCCUCGCAAAUUUUGACCCAACGACCGCUGAGGGUCCCUCUCAAAUUGAAGGUGGCAGCGGCACCUCGUUUGCGCCGCGGACCGGGUCCCGACCUCCAGACUUGCCUGACUCUCGACCGGGCACGGGAAUUUCCACGAAUCCCCUUCCCCAUCGUCCAUUUCUUGAUGCAGCUGGUGCAAACGCCCGACCCUUGCAGCGAAUGCACAUGCCCGCUCUAGCAAUGUAUGAGGGUGGUAGAACAAUGUUGCACAAUGAUGGCCAAGCUCAACCUCGCAGCUACGAAAUAGCGCGUCAUCCGAGUCUGGUAUCCAAUCUGCCUGUGAACCCGGAAGGGCACGGCGACCGCGCUGACGACAUUCCUGGACUGCCACAUAGACCCUAUCAUGACGACGAUUUCAGACAGCUGAAUGAGAGAGCAAUUGGGGAUGCUGAACCUCAACCUCCGACAGGAGCUCAAUACUACCACGAGGAUAGAUAUCGGCGACGGCCAAAGCAGUAUGAGACGUCUGCAGAAAUGACUGGACGAGGAUAUCGUCGUCCCGCGGAAGAAGCUCCUGCACACUACGUUGAGUUCCGAGGCGAGAGAGGCCGUUCUUACGUCGAGCACGAACCAUACAUGGAUGAAAGGAUGGCGAGUGAUGAAGCUGUACGCCUCGGUUCCCGAGAUGCCGGCCCCCAUCAUAGCGAGUAUCGAACGCGCUAUUAUUAUGAGGGCAAUGCGUUUCCUUCGACCACUGAGCGCUAUAGCGUGGUUGAGCCUAUCAACAUGACCCGUCGUGCCCAUGUGGUGACGAAUGAUGACCGUGAAGUCAUCUACGAGGCCCCAUACCAGACGCGUCGCUAUGAAGCAUCUUGA